UCUUCCGAUCUGGGAGAGUCCGUGACUUCAGCACAAAGCGUGCGAGAGAGGCAGGGAUCUAUCUGCACAUCAUCUGCUCCAAGACCAACCUCACCCGCAGCACGGCAGCCUCAGAGGACCAUGGCAUUUGCUGGGAUGCUGAGCGACAAGGACAUCAAGGCUGCAGUUCAGGCUUGUCAAGCCCCGGGCGAGUUUGACUUCAAGCAGUUCUUUGCACAAGUGGGACUGACUGGCUCAUCUGAGGAAGACAGACAAAAAGUGUUCACAGUCCUGGACCAGGACAAGAGCGGCUACAUCGAGGAGGAGGAGCUGAAAUUGUUCCUUCAGAACUUCUGCUCUGAGGCCAGAGAGCUGACGGUGGCUGAAACAAAGUCCCUGAUGGCUGCAGGAGACAAAGAUGGGGAUGGCAAAAUCGGGAUGGAAGAGUUCUGUGAUCUCCUGAAUUAAAGGCAUCACAGCUGUCCACAGCUGUGUUUUUCUUUUUAUCAACCUAUUUAUCAACCGA